UCCACAUCCUCUCAUCCAACAUCCACACGUCCGGCUCCGAUCCCGAUCCCGACCUAACUCUGCAUCACCAUUUCCGACGACGACCUUUUGUUGACGUUGACGAGACGACUAUACGAAUACCAGCUGGUUCAGUGAAUCGCGUUACGCUCUUUAUCUCACUCGACCACCCCGCGAUCGCUUCUGUCUUUCGCUUCGCACACUCGCUACUUUCAGUCUUUCUUCUACAUACUCGUCAACUUUCAUCAUGAAGGCCAUAAUUCUCGUCGGCGGCUUCGGCACUCGCCUCCGCCCUCUUACCCUGACUCUUCCCAAGCCCUUGGUCGAGUUCGCCAACAAGCCCAUGAUUCUGCACCAGAUCGAGGCCUUGUCCGCUGCCGGUGUCACAGAUGUCGUCCUCGCCGUCAACUACCGCCCUGAGAUCAUGGAGAAGGCUCUUGCUGAGUACUCUAAGAAAUUCAACAUCAACAUUACCUUCUCCGUCGAGACGGAGCCCCUAGGCACCGCCGGUCCUUUGAAGCUGGCCGAGAAGACGCUUCUCAAGGAUGACACUCCCUUCUUCGUCCUGAACGCCGAUGUCACUUGCGAGUACCCGUUUAAGCAGCUGGCCGACUUCCACAAGGCACACGGUGACGAGGGCACCAUCGUUGUCACCAAGGUCGAGGAGCCCUCCAAGUAUGGUGUCGUCGUUCACAAGCCCAACCACCCGUCGCGUAUUGACCGCUUCGUCGAGAAGCCGGUCCAGUUCGUUGGAAACCGCAUCAACGCCGGUAUCUACAUUCUGAACACAUCUGUUCUCUCGAGAAUCGAGCUGCGCCCUACCUCGAUUGAGCAGGAGACUUUCCCGGCCAUGGUCCGCGAUGCCCAGCUGCACUCUUUCGACCUCGAGGGAUUCUGGAUGGACGUUGGUCAGCCUAAGGACUUCAUUGCUGGUACCUGUUUGUAUCUCUCAUCGCUCGCCAAGAGGAACAGCAAGCUUCUCACCCCAACAUCUGAGCCCUUUGUCCACGGCGGCAAUGUCUUGAUAGACCCAACCGCAAAGAUUGGCGCAAACUGCCGUAUCGGGCCCAACGUUACCAUUGGCCCCAACGUCGUGGUCGGCGAUGGUGUCAGGCUUCAGCGCUGCGUACUCCUGCGUGACUCCAAGGUCAAGGACCACGCCUGGAUCAAGAGCACCAUCGUCGGCUGGAACAGCACAGUUGGCAGGUGGGCGCGCCUGGAGAACGUUACCGUCUUGGGUGAUGAUGUUACGAUUGGCGACGAGAUCUACGUCAACGGUGGCAGCAUCCUGCCGCACAAGAGCAUCAAGGCCAACGUCGAUGUUCCCGCCAUUAUUAUGUAAAGGAACGGAUUAAUCAAUGUCACCUCACCCACGCACAGUCACACCCGCCCAUCAACUAACAUGACGACGUCUGGCUCAUUUGGCUUCUGCUCCGUUUCGGCUUUGUUUGCAGUUAUAUACCUACUAUUGUGUGAUUUGACCCCUAUUACGCAUUUCUUAAUUUAACAAAAGGACGAGCCAAACUCACACUCCCGUGAUACCUCACCAAAAACACUCCACUCAAGCCCACUAUAUCUUUUAUUCUUGUACAAUUCGAUUCUGAGACGGACUGGAGAAGGGUGUGAACUAUUUGCGAGCUGGGUCUUCAACCUGAUCAUGGCUUCAUUUUCCAUCUAUUUUGUUGAUCAUGUUUUGGAAUGAAAAAGGCGCUCAUGUUAGGUCGUGGAUGAAGGCUACUGGAGAGAUACGAACACAAAAUUUGGGGAGAUAUUUAUGGGCGUCUGUGGAUUGGCGCCAUUAGUAGAGCUCGAGAUGAUCAAGAAAGCUAUGAGGUUCUACCUGAAAUUUCUGAUGCACUUUGUUCCCUGCUCCAAUGGUCAUUCUCAC